AGAUGGAAACUAUGGAUAUGAUGGAAAUUCAGGACACAACUAUCAGGCUGGAAUGGGCCCGGCUGCAGGAUAUCCCAAUGCUCCCAGGGAUAUUACCCUCCUCCAAAUGCAGGACCAGGCAUGCCCUCUCCAUAUGGAUAUCAACAGCCUCCCCCAGGUGGAUACCAAGGCUUUGCAGGUCAACCUAACUAUGGCCCUCCUGUGCAAAAUCAACCAAUGGGGCCAGGUGGCCCAUCUGCUUGGAUGCCGGCACCUCCAGCUAACCCAAACUGCCCACCAGGUUUAGAAUAUUUUAGUAUGAUAGAUCAACUACUUGUCCAUCAGCAAGUAGAGCUACUGGAAGCUUUGAUUGGUUAUGAAUCCAACAACAAAUAUGAAAUAAAGAACAGCAUGGGGCAGAGAGUGUACUUUGCUGCAGAACAAAAUGAUUGUGUGUACUCGGAAUUUCUGUGGAGCUGCCCGGUCUUUUGUCAUAACCAUUGUUGAUAACUCUGGUCGUGAAAUAAUUCGAUUGUCCAGACCAUACAGAUGUUCCACUUGCUGUUUCCCUUGCUGUCUGCAGAAGUUACAAGUGGAGGCUCCUCCUGGAACAACAAUUGGCUUUGUGAAACAGAAUUGGCAUCCGUGUUUACCGAAAUUUACCAUUCUGAAUGAAAGGGAGGAAGAGGUUUUGAAGAUCCAUGGACCUUGUGUACCGUGUAGCUGCUGCGCUGAUGUAAACUUUGAGUUGAAGUCCCUGGAUGAAAGUUCUGUGAUUGGGAGGAUUUCCAAGCAGUGGGCAGGAGUUGUGAAGGAAGCGUUUACAGAUGCUGACAACUUUGGCGUUCAGUUCCCUAUGGAUUUAGAUGUGAAAGUGAAAGCUCUUGUUCUUGGUGCCUGCUUUCUUCAGGAUUUCAUGUUUUUCGAACAUACUAAUACCAACAAAUAA